CCGCCACCGCCACCCCGACGUGCGGAGCGGGCUCGGGCUCAGCCCCUUCCUUCCCCCGGGGGAGGCGACCCCGGCUCGCCGCGAAGAGGGGGCGCAGCGAAAGAGAUGCAUUGAAACUUUCCGCGCAAACUUCGUGGCGAGUGCGCGAAGCCGAGAGCGAGCGCGGCGCGGGUGCCUGCCUGCCCCGGCGCCGGGAGAGCGGCCGCGCACGGGCGCCGCUGUGGAGCUCGGAUUGCCCGGCGGCGGGGGCCGGGCGGCGGCGGGGCGGCCGCGGAGCCUGCGCUCGGCCCUGCGGAGCGCCCACCGAGAGCGGCAGCGGGGGCCGGCGGAGAGCCGGCCGUAUGGAGGGGUGAAAGCGGAGACCCCGAAGAGGAGACCCCCUUCCGCCGGAGCCCCUCGCAGCGCCCGGGAGGCGGCGGGCGCGGAGGAGGCGCGGGCGAGAGCGCGGCAGCGGGGCGGCGGCGGCGGCGGCGGCGCGGCGGCGAGGCGGAGUGCGGCGGGCCCCGCUCCGCGGCGUGCGCCGGCAACCAUGAACUUUCUGCUCACUUGGAUCCACUGGGGGCUGGCGGCGCUGCUCUAUCUGCAGAGCGCGGAGUUGUCGAAGGCUGCUCCGGCCCUGGGGGAUGGGGAGCGGAAGCCCAACGAAGUUAUCAAAUUCCUGGAAGUCUACGAACGCAGCUUCUGCAGGACAAUUGAGACCCUGGUGGACAUUUUCCAGGAGUACCCUGAUGAGGUGGAGUACAUAUUCAGGCCAUCCUGUGUGCCUCUGAUGAGAUGUGCGGGUUGCUGCGGCGAUGAGGGCCUAGAAUGUGUCCCUGUGGAUGUGUACAACGUCACGAUGGAGAUCGCAAGAAUUAAACCCCAUCAGAGUCAGCACAUAGCGCACAUGAGCUUCUUACAGCACAGUAAAUGUGACUGCAGACCAAAGAAAGAUGUCAAAAAUAAACAAGAAAAAAAAUCAAAGCGAGGAAAGGGGAAGGGUCAAAAGAGAAAGCGCAAGAAAGGCCGGUACAAACCACCCAGCUUUCACUGUGAGCCUUGCUCAGAGAGGAGAAAGCACUUGUUUGUACAAGAUCCCCAGACCUGUAAAUGUUCCUGCAAAUUCACAGACUCACGUUGCAAGUCGAGGCAGCUUGAGUUAAACGAGCGCACUUGCAGAUGUGAAAAACCGAGACGGUGAGCAGCGGAAAAGAAGGGGGAACAGCCCUGUUUCUGGAGCCUGAUUUCUCGCCUGGACAGAAAAAUACAAAACAAAACACUAAUCCAAAUGAACCCUAAAAAUGAAGGAUCGGUAGAGCACAGCACUUUCAGUACGGACGAUGGACUCCGGAAGGAACAUUCCCCAAGGCACCCGCCGCACAGAAUUCACCUUUGGGUUUUGAACUGUUUUAUUUUAUUUUUUUGUUUCAUGCUGCUAAAUAACAGAGCCAGGAAGACUAUAGGGGUGUAUUUGAUGGGUUUUCCCAUGCAUACAUAUAUAUGUGUGUAUACAUGCAUAUACAUAUAUAUAUAUGUAUAUAUAUUUUAACCACAUCUAUAUAUACAUAUAUGUAUAUCUUAACCACACACACACACACACACACAUAUAUAU